AUGGCACCUCCUCGUAGGACUUCACAAUCGUCCCAAGGUGACUUGCCCGAUAUCACCAGCGCAAUAGAGGCGAUGGUGGCUGCCAUGACGCAGCAAAGCACAGCGAUAAUGCAACAGCAUGAGGCAGCGAUGCAGCGACAGACGGUGUCGCUUGAGCAACAGCAGGCAGUGAUGCAGCAGAUGGAGGUUGCACGUGUGGCUGUCGAGGAUGCACAUAGGCAGCAUAUGGAGGCCCUCUGCCAGCUGGAAGAGAAAGGCGACUGCCCUUGUUGCAACGGGAAGACGAGCCCUGACGCAGCAGACCAGUGGCUGAAGGAUCUGGAGAGGAUCUUUGAUGCAAAAACAUGCUCAGCGGAGAAUAGGUUAGCUGUCACAAUAUACAUGCUCACCGCGGAGGCUGAGCACUGGUGGACCAGUACCAAAUCCAUCAUGGAGGAGAGAGGCGAGCCGAUGACAUGGGAGGCCUUUAGGGGGAAAUUCCUCCCGGAAUAUUUCCCAGACAGCAUUGGAUAUGGCAAGGAGGUGGAAUUCCUCCAACUGACCCAGGGAGGGAAGACGAUGACCGACUAUGCUGAGAAGUUCAAGCACCUCAGCCGCUUUUAUACCUUGUCGCUGGAUGAGGAGUGGACAUGCCGAAAAUUCGAGAACGACAUCAGGGGAGAUAUUCACUUGAUGGUAGCACCCUUAUCCUUUAAGGAUUUUUUCGCUCUGGUGGAGAAGGCCACGGUGAUGGAAAAGACGAAGAAUGAGGUAGAGGGUCAGCGGCCCCAACAGCCUCAGAGGAUUGGUAGACCAUUUGGGUCCAAGCCCAGACACGACGAGCGGAGGAAACCAUAUGAUAGACCUCCCCAUCAGCCUCAGGGGUCUAGGGGUCUUCCUCCCCAGCAGGGUCGAGUGCAGUGUUACAUAUGUGGGGGCCCACACUUGAGGAGCGCUUGCCCUUGCAUGAGGGUUACCGCAGAUGCAACAACUGUGGCAAGGAGGGCUACUUCGGGAAGGAUUGUCCCACUAUUGCUAGGGCAGCGGCACGCCCUCCAGUUCAGACUCCUCACCAGCACCAGCGGAGAGAUAAAGGCAACAAGCCUCAGGCGACGGAGAGAGUCUAUGCCAUGA